CCUCUACCAUCGCCACCAGUAUCGUCCACGGGUCUUUAGCAGCGAAGAAUCCACCAAGGCGUUCCUCGGGCGAAAACCAUGAGAGGCUUCACGCUGUUUGUGCUCGCGCUGGUGGCCCUGGCAGCCGUAGCGCAUGCUCAGAAGACAGAGAAGAGGUCGCAGGCAUGCGAGAAGGCGGGAGGAAGGUGCGUGAGCAAGUGUCAGAGGAAGUCUCUGGAUGACAUAUCCUGUGCGAAGGGACUGACCUGCUGCAAACUAUCGAAAAGGCAACAGCGAAAGCAGAUGAAAAAGGAGCGAAAACUCGAGCAAAAGGAAAGAAAGGCUUCCAAGAGACAAAAGAAGAACAAGAAGGAGUCGGGAGUACAGAAAGAAAAGAAGAGAGAGAAGGUCAAAGGGACAGGCAAAAAAUUUGCUAAAGCAGAAGGCAAAAGGAGAAAAAAUAAACCCCAAAAAGAAAACAAAGAUGAGCAGUCACUGCAAAAAGUCAGAGUAUCAGGUAGAAAAGCUGCUGAUGAUACAGACAAAAGGAAGAACAAAUGCAGAAUUAGGAAGAGAUGCAGAAAACUGGCAGGAGUUUGUCAGUCCAAGAAAACGGCUUGCGUCGGUGGCAAGAAAAUAAAAGGCAAGAAGUUAUGUAAUAAGAAAAAGUGCCGCUGCUGCGUCCCUAAAUCAUCACUUUGCAAAGAAAGGAAAUGGUGCAAAAAGAGGGGCGGAAAAUGCCAAUACAAGUGGGACGCUUGCGACGGAAAGACAAGGGCUAAGGGAUGCCGAGGAAGCAGCGUCUGCGUCUGUUGUAUCCCCAACACAACACCAACUCCGGCUCCUACUCCCGCACCUACUCCAGCUCCCACUCCCGCACCUACUCCAGCUCCCACUCCUGCUCCAACUGGCCCUACUCCUGCACCUACUCCUGCACCAACUGGCCCUACUCCUGCACCUACUCCUGCCCCAUCUCGCCCCUACUCCAGCACCUACUCCUGCUCCAACUGGCCCUACUCCUGCACCUACUCCUGCUCCAACUGGUCCAACUCCAGCACCUACUCCUGCACCAACUGGUCCAACUCCAGCACCUACUCCUGCACCAACUGGCCCUACUCCCGCACCUACUCCUGCACCAACAGGUCCCACUCCUGCGCCUACUCCAGCACCAACUGGCCCAACUGCAGGUCCCACUGCUGGCCCAACUGCAGGUCCCACUGCUGGCCCAACUGCAGGUCCCACUGCUGGCCCAACUGCAGGUCCCACUGCUGGCCCAACUGCAGGUCCCACUGCUGGCCCAACUACAGGUCCCACUGCUGGUCCAACUGCAACCCCCACUGAUGGCCCAACUGCAACUCCCACUGCUGGCCCAACUGCAACUUCCACUGCUGGCCCAACUGCAACCCCUACUGCUAGCUCAACUGGAACCUCUCAGUGAACGAGUGUA